UGACUAUUUGAAUGCUAAAUGCAUUUUAAAAGUGAUCAUCUUUACCUUAAGGGUAUAUUUGGUUCUCUGAUUUCACUAAGGAAAUGAGAUUCUUUUUACUAUAAAAGUUAUUUUAUUAUGAUCGAUGUUACCCGUUGAAAUGAAAAGGAAAGUCUUAGAUUCUAAGAGUGUCUGAAUGACACAACUCACGUGUUCAACCAUUGUGUUCUGACAUAAUCUAAAGUUUUCUUUUAAAUGAAAGGUAAUAUGAAAGCAAUUGAUAUAUUUUAAGCUUCAAAUGCACUCCUACUUUGAUGAUAGCUAGACACGUGGCUGACAUUAUUUUAUACAUGCAUAGAAAUUUAUACGUUCUAUAGUUUAGGUACACACAUAGUUAUUGCAAUCAUAAUCAAAAGUGAUGUGUUUCUCGCAAGUUUUCAAUAUGCACACUUAAAGAGAGGACCAGAUCUGACUUAUUUCCUAAGUCUUUGAGGGUGUGUUUGGUUCAAAAGAGAAGAUUUUAUUCGCCGUUUUGAAGUUAAAUUUGGGUUUUCCUUACUUUGAUGAUUACUCGUUGACAUAAUUAAACAUAUAAUGGAAGUAAAUAUUUAGUUAUGUAAUUAUGUUAUUUACACUGAAUGAUUUAUGGACCAAAGUUCAAGAUCUCUUCGCAUACUGUUUAUCCCAAAGGAACCAGACUUUUUCUAGCUUAAACUGUCAUAUCAGUGUUGCAAUUAUGAUUAAUAGAUUUUACUUUUAUUAAUAUAGGUUUAUAGAAAGAAUGGUACUGCUAUAAUGAAACUUUGGUGGGAGCUGUUAGCAAGAUUUGACAAGCAUUUUUGAAAAUGGGUUACUGGCAUUCAGCAGAAGAAUAUAAUCUCAAGGUCAUACUCUUACUCCUACUUGAUAACAACAGAAGUUUAAUUUUUUAAUUUGUUCUAAGGUGUGAUUUCUCCUGACCAUAUGUACUACUUAUAAUUAUAAAACUUUUAACUUCUAUUGAUCGGGCAGUAUGAGUUAGUCUACUGUAACAUGAUGAUCAAUUUGGGUAGUCAUUAUCGUCACAAAUUGUUGAUGAAAAAGCAGUUAAAACUUUCAGAGGUGGCCCUGAAUCAAGAGUUGUAGGCCUCGAGAUUGGAAUAAUCUUAUAGUUACCAUAGGUGGGAUGGAUAGUGUGCUUUUCGAGAAUGAGAUCUAGGCGAGGUCACAUAUACGAUACAUCAUGGACUGCCUUCCCUUUUUCCAACUCCACCCCCUCAAAACACACUUCCAUGCAGUGGAAAACCUGAUAUACUUGUGGGCUGAGCAUAGAAAUCUUCCCGCAUAUCGGGUUUCCUCUUGGCCUGAAUAGCAAGCCGUACAUCUCUCUCCCGUUCAAACUCUUUGUAAUCUGCACGCUGCAGGAAAGAGACCUUGUCUAGAUACUGAUUGGAACUCUUUUUUUAUGCAUCCAGUUCUUCUUCGAUGCCUUUGUUUUCUCCCUUGCAUUCUACCCAGUCCUUCUUUGUCUUAUCUAGCAUGCUAAGUUUCUGUUUCUUCUUCAUUUGUUCAAGAACGGCGUCAACAGCAGAAACAGGCCCUGCCGGGGCUUUCCCUUUGUCUGAUGCAUCUUUUGAGCUCGUGUCAACAUACUUCUUUACUUCAAUUUCUUCACCGGCAAAGUCCCGAACUUCGGAAACCUCAAUUUUUCCCUUGUUGAAAGGUGCAGCUACUGAAAUAACAUCCCUUGCAGCAAAAAGAGCAGCAGCAACCAAUUUCUUUGCAUCUUCACUUGUGUCCAACUGUAUUGUCUUGGUUGGCUACUUCUCAGUUGCAUUUUGGACAGAGGAUGAUGCUUUUUUUGGUGCUAAACCCAGCACUGUCAUCUAAUUCGCAGAUGUCUUUGAACUUUUAAUAGUACUUGCUUGACUAGUGAGCUAUGCUUCUGUAAUAUGGAAUUAAGAGUUUUCGUAGGAACUCCUUUGUUCAUUUGCUUCCAAACAGCAUCUACCCUAGCCUUCUGCUCGGCAUCUUCAGAACGUGCCUCCAAAGUUUGAUUAGGUGCAAUGUCUUGGUUGGGCUUGUUUCCGGUACCAUCUUUAUUUUGUGAUGCACUGUAAAUAGGCUGCACUUGUGCAGUCAUUUCAGCCAUUAACCCUAGCCGGAGGAAUGAGGUGGAAGCGGGGAAGGCGAGCGCCGCUGUUAUCCGAAUCAAUUUUGCAGUUUCAAGGACUUGAAGAUUUAAUAUUGGAUCUAGAAACUCAUAAAGGAAAUAUAAAAAGAAGACACUUCCUUCUAAGGAUGCAGUUGAGAUGAGCAAGAAAUUCCUCAAAAUUUACAUUUCAAGUGGAGCCAAUAAGUGAGAAUAUUAUUGUCGGGUGGACUUGUUCUUAAGUUCUUGCAGCUUGUCUUGAUGCAGGAUUUUUGUAUGGUGAUGCUGGAACUGAUACACUUUCUAUUUGGGGAAGUGAGAUUAUUUUAAUGAAGCUUGCGUUAUUCG